CCUUCUCUCCUUCGCUAUUGACCUUUCGCACUUAUUUCCCGCCAUGAAUCCAGCACUUUACGUAGCAACGAUAGUGGAGAGGGUUUUUGCACAUGUUCUCGACGACGCUGAAUCAAGAGCAGAAGAUGAGUUUGCCCGCGAAUACUUACAGCAGAGGUACAGACUGGCUGGCAUCUGUCAAGAGUGGAGAGCAAUAAUGGGCCCGCGCAUAUUCGAGAAGCUUUAUUUCCAUGUGCAGUGUCUCUCAGAGACCGUGCCCAAUUCGCACAGCAUGCGAGCCGCGACAGAGGCGGGCAUGGCUAAUGGAGGGGCCACAGCUAGCCCUGCCAUGCCUCGUUUCCACCUGCAGACGAAUUCCGAUAUUAUUCCGUUCAUGUUUCAACCACGAACGAUUAUUCUCCGGGUAGAUGGGGCGUCGGCGUUGGGGACAGGGCUGAGGGAUUUCCUGACACGGAGGGUCUUUGUGGAUCGUCCCUGGCCGUCGGUGCAGACGGUGAGAAUUGACAUGUCGCUGAAACGCGGCGUUGGUAAUGGCGCCGACAUGAGCCACAUGGCGCAGUCAAUCCAUUCGCUUUUGUCGGUAACACCCAACCUGAAGGCAUUGUCCCUGUCUGUGUGCAAUGCGGGCGAGCUCAGGCUAGACAUUGGGGCGGUGGUCAGCUCGCAUGCCCACCAGAUUGCAGCCCUGGAUGUCAAUUGCCUCACCACGACCGACUACUCGAGGCUUUUAUUUCCGGCAUUGAAAGACUUUUCCAUUUGGUACCGCGAAUUCGAGGAUCUGGUCAGCGGAUCCUGCAUGGAUAUCAGCCUGCUGACCAAUCUCAAGUUUCACACGAUCAAGCCAAAUGAGCUUUUCCGGCUGUUUGAGCGAGCAUCCGACAGGUACUCGGCGACAUUUCCUAAUCUCGAGACCCUCUCAAUCACAUUUGGAGUUUCCAGCGAAGAAGACACUGCGGUUCCCGACACGAGCAAGAAGGUCCUGUAUAGCUUCCCAAAGCUGCACAGCCUCUACCUCCGAUGCGACGGGGGCGAGUCUCCCGAGGUGUAUUGGAUGUUCAAGGACGCCCCGCUCGAAAGGCUGCAUCUCGUCGCUCGCAUCAAGUUCCUGCAGCAGCUCAACAUGUCGGAUUUUCCAAGGCUGGCGCAUGUACAGGUGUCGUUCAACCGGAAGGCUGGCGAGGUCGACCCCCAGUAUAUCCUAGGCAAUCUGGUCAGCCCCGUAUCCAAUCUCCGCAGGCUCGAGUUUGGCGUAGAUUGGAGUCUUUUAUGCGCAACAUGGCGCUUUGGAUGCGUGCGGCUCCGCUCGCUGAGCAUUGGCCAUCACUUCACACGCAACGAGCUCCGGAACAUCCUCCAACAGCUGCCUGAGCUUGUCACCCUCAAUAUCGAAUGCUACCUUACGCAUAGGGAGGGCAACGCAAGCAUGUCCGACAUGCAGUCGGCUGUGCUGAGGUCCGAUCUCUCGGUCGUCAAUCGCUCGCUGCAGGCGCUAACUGUAACCGACAAGUACUCUUACCGCAAGGCCGAUCUCUUCAGCGACCAGGCCGUGGCAUUGGUCGAAAUGGCCACCCAUCUUCCGUCGCUACUAAAGGUUGUGAUUGUGUGCGACCGCCCCAGGGCCCGCAGCCAGCUCAUCAAGGACGCGUUCGAGGGCUACGCGAUUCAGGAGCGGGCAAAGCACUUUGCCAAUGUGUCUGUCUACCUAAAAUUUUGCUAAAGGGGCUAUUGUUAGCAACAGGCUUAUUUUUCACACAUCUGCA